CCACGAUUCCAAUUUUGCAGAAGAGAGAGGUCCCCUUCUUCCCCCAAUCUCUAAAGGAAUCAUCAUCAUCAUCGUUUUGCUCAGUCAUGGCAAAACACCGAUCUUCAUCACUCUGGUGCUCUCCUCUCUCCAUUUUCAUACCUAGAACCGGCGAAACACUAUGGUAUUCCUUAGCCCUCAUCUCCAUCCUCUCUCUCCUUAUCCAUCGACUCUCUCUAUCCGCCAACGCCGCCGAUUCGCACUUCGAAGGGUUUGACGCUGAUGAAGACGAAGGCUUGGAUGACGAAUCGCUCCAGCUAACUGAUUUACCCCGACGUACUCCGCCGCCUACUACUAUUACUCACUCCGAACCUGAAUCAGAUCACGGUCCACCCAAUACUAUCUCCGACUUGAUUACGUCUGAUGAGUCACCUCAGCCGGCCGAUCUUCGUACCAAAGCUUCGUCUUCAUCUGAUUUCUAUUGGGAUGAAGAUGAAUUCGAGGGUCUUCCUGAAGAACAGCCGCAGGAAAGUAUAAAAGCGGCUGAAGAUGUCGUCACUGAUGAUUCGAGUUCGGAUUCGAAAGAUACACUCAAAUCGAGUAAAUCUAGGUUUCCGCAAUCGUAUGCGGUGGAGAUUGUAUGCGGAUCGUUUUUGAUCAUGUUUGUUAUUAAUUAUUUUACUGGUAAGAAGGAGAAUGAGCAUAUUGCACUAGCUUGGGCGGCUAAGUUUGCAGGUAAAGAUUCGAUUUUCGAGAAGAAUUUUAGUUUGAUGGGGGUUGGGGAAGGUGAUGAUUCACCGUUGUUGUUGAAAGAAGGACAAACUGUAUUCAAGUUCUAUGCUAGUGGAAGAAGGUUUUGUCAAGGACUGUUGGCUACAAUGGAGCUUCAAAGUCGACAUGAUCUUAUAUCAAGAUUGUACAAUGCAGUUGUUCCUUGUAAGGAUGAGAUCACUUUUGAGGUCUAUAUGAAUGAUGAUGCGAUGGAUCAGGUAGUUUUUGCUCUUGCAAAGAAGAAGCUAGCCAAGACGAUGCAGAAGGAGGUUAGGGAUCUUCAGAAGUUUGGAAAUUUGAUCACACCACCAAGCAACCGGAAAUGGGUAACUGAUGAUUUGGUGGCGAUUUCAGAGUCUAAGGAGGUGUCUGGAGAUCUGAUUACGGAAACUGUUCUUGAACAGGUAUUUGGUGAAAAAGCAUUUGAAAAAUAUGGAAAGGGUUUCAUCUCAAUGCACUUUUCGGAUCAACACCCAACCGAAAACCAAAGGAAAGCAUUAGUGUUCAAGUUUGCUCUCCCCGAUGCGAAUCACAUGGCUGACAUGUCUCGUUUAAUUGCUCUCGUUCCUUACUACAUCGAUUUUCUUGGCCGAUACAAACUCAGUUCUCAGGCUCGAGCGAAGACAGAAGCUCCACGACAGAAAGCUGCGCAAGAGGCGUACAAGGAAUACCAACUUUUGAGACAAGAAGCUUUGCAGAAGAAGAAGGCUGAAAGGAGAAAGGUUUUGGAAGAGGGUGAAACCAAGCUUAGUUCCGAAGCAAUUCGAAAGAAAGAGUCUAAAGAGCGCUCUCGUCAGCUUAAGAAGGCGAUGCCUAAAAUGAAAAUGACACGAGCCCACUAAUUUGGAGGUUCGGUUUUCGGUUAUUUAUCGCUUCUUCAAUAUUUAGAAGAUUGGGGUUUUGAUGAAUACAAUUUGCUGAGACUUUUAUCUAUUGCAAAAGAAACUUGAUGUUGUAAUUUUGGGGGCAUUAGGUCUUUUUAAUGCUUAAUUUAUUAGUUGCAACAAUGGCUUAUUAUUACCCUUAAAAGUUUAAACUAAUUUAUGUUUGCUUCUUCAAA